AUGUCGGUGAUGCCAGGGUCUCUUCCUCUGGCUCCCCUCCAGCCCCUGCCUCCUCUCAGGGAGGGGUUUUUCCGAUCUCGAUACCCGUUUUGUCUAUUUCUGUCUGCUAGGGUAUUCAGCGAUUCUCAGUAUUUCCUCUUCUCUCUCCAGCUGUACGGUGAGUACAGGGAGCAGCUGGGAAACUUUGCCCGACGGGAGGCUGCCCGCUUACUGACAGAGAGACAAUGGAGAAGACAGGCAGGGGAAAACACAGGCAGCGCGCGCAGAGGCCUUGGCCGGCGGCAUCAUCAUCAUCACCCUGUGACCUUGGAAUCGCAUCACAGCCACGCCUCCUCUACCCAGAAGCCUCGUCCCUACUCCAAAUGCCAAGAUUGUUUGGCUCGUGUGCGGCGGUACAUUGUGACCAAGAUGGGAGAGGACUGGAUCUUCCUGGUUCUUCUGGGACUGACUAUGGCUCUGGUCAGCUGGAGUAUGGACUACGCCAGUGCUAAGAGCCUGCAAGCCUAUAAGUGGAUACACGGAGAGCUUAAGGGCAAUGUAGCGCUCCAGUAUCUCGCCUGGGUCACCUAUCCCAUGAUCCUUGUCAUGUUUGCCUCACUUUUCUGUCACUUGGUUUCCCCACAGGCCAUCGGUUCUGGUAUUCCAGAGCUGAAAACCAUCCUGAGAGGUGUAGUGUUGAAGGAGUAUCUGACCCUCAAAGCCUUUGUAGCUAAAGUGGUCGGACUGACUGCUGGCCUUGGCAGUGGGAUGCCAGUGGGCAAAGAAGGUCCGUUUGUCCACAUCGCCAGCAUCUGUGCUGCAGUGCUCAGUCGAUUCAUGUCCAUCUUCUCUGGAGUUUAUGAGAACCCUUAUGGUUACACAGAUAUUCUGACUGUUGGCUGUGCCGUGGGGGUGGGAUGCUGUUUCGGCACUCCUCUGGGAGGAGUGUUGUUCAGUAUUGAGGUCACGUCUACCUACUUUGCAGUGAGGAAUUACUGGCGGGGAUAUUUUGCCGCCACAUUCAGCGCCUUCAUAUUCAGGGUGCUCUCUGUUUGGAACAAGGAUGCUGUCACCAUCACAGCUCUUUUCAAAACUAACUUCCGGAUGGAUUUCCCUUUUGACCUGCAGGAGCUGCCUGCAUUCGCAAUAAUAGGGAUCUCAUGUGGCUUCCUGGGGGCGUUCUUCGUCUACCUGAACAGACAGGUGGUACUCUUCAUGAGGAGGCCGACAGCGCUCACACGCUUCCUAACCAAACAUCGAUUGAUCUAUCCAGGUGCAGUGACACUGAUCAUCUCCACCCUCACUUUCCCCCCUGGAUUUGGACAGUUUAUGGCUGGAGAGCUGAUGCCUAGGGAGUGUAUCAACUCCCUGUUCGAUAAUUUGACCUGGACCAAAAUCUCAGGAUCUCCUCUCCCACCCGACAUGGGUCGCUCGUCUGCAUGGCUCCAUCCUCACGUCAGUGUCUUCAUCAUCCUUGUCCUCUUCUUCAUAAUGAAGUUUUGGAUGUCAGCAGUUUCAACCACGAUGCCCAUCCCCUCCGGUGCCUUUAUGCCAGUGUUCAUAUUAGGAGCUGCGUUCGGUCGCCUCGUAGGGGAGAUUAUGGCCACACUUUUCCCAAAUGGAAUCCUGUUUGAUGGGAUCGUCUACCGCAUCCUGCCCGGAGGUUACGCUGUCAUUGGUGCGGCAGCAAUGACAGGAGCCGUCACACACACAGUUUCCACGGCAGUAAUAUGCUUCGAGCUGACUGGUCAAAUCUCUCACAUCCUGCCCAUGAUGGUGGCAGUCAUCCUGGCCAACAUGGUGGCCCAGGGUCUACAGCCCUCUCUAUACGACUCCAUCAUCCAGGUGAAGAAGCUGCCCUACCUGCCUGAGCUGGCCCUCGGGCACAUCAGCAAGUAUAAUAUCUUUGUGGAGGACAUCAUGGUGCGCAAAGUGAGGUUUCUGUCUUCUCAGUCCACUUUUCGAGAGCUGGACCGUCUCUUAGAGAACUCAAGUCUAAAAACCAUCCCCCUGGUGGACUCUAAAGAAUCCAUGAUUCUUUUGGGCUCCAUUGAGAGGACAGAGCUUCAAGCUGUCUUAGACUGGUGGCUUUCUCCAGAGAGGCGAGUCUUUGAAACAGGUCCGCGCUCACCUGAUCAGGGCUCCAAAGUCAGCUGGGAGUCCUUUGCCUUUGUGGACGAGGAGGGUGCAGAAGAGGAUGCAGACAAGACUGCUCCAGUACAGGAGGAAUGUAACGGGCCUGUGCCAUCCCCCAAACCACAAGAGCUAUCCACCAACCACACAGACUCAGACAAGCGUAAGCUGCCUUCUGUCAGGAGGGCCCUUCAGAGACUCUUCUCUUCCACGUCUUUGUCAGGACAGGCUGAAACUCAGGAGACCACAGCCCCUACGCUGACUGACACCAUGUCUCCAGAGGAGAUCAAAGCCUGGGAAGAAGAGGAGCUCAAUAAACCAAUCGAUAUGGAGCAGAUACGUAUAGACCCCUCCCCAUUUCAGCUGGUGGAAAGAACAUCACUCCACAAGACACACACCCUGUUCUCUCUGCUGGGUCUCAGUCACGCCUAUGUCACCAGUAUUGGAAAGCUGGUGGGUGUCGUAGCACUGAAGGAGCUACAGAAAGCCAUAGAGGGCUCCACACGCAGCGGGGUGAGGCUUCGACCUCCUCUGGCCAGCUUCAGAGAUGCCAGCAGGAAAGCCAAGAAGCACCAGCCUCCAUCCUCCACCCCUUCCUCCCCCACUCGGGACAGAGACCUGUGGGGGGAGGGGAGCCGGAGGGAGGGGGACCUGGCAAUGAUGGAGUCCAAGGAGGAUUCCGGAGGGACUUCACUGUCUUCUAGAGGAGCUUCUGGGGGUGACACUGCUCCCUCGUUCUCCCCCAGCACGGAGGGUGGCACCGUGACAACAAGAGGAGCUGAGGCCGCUUCUGAGGAUCUGGCGUCCCCCUCCACCUCCACCUCCACCCCUACCUCACCUUCACCUCCUGCCUCCCCGGUGUCACCCACCAGCCCUGUGCUCACACUAUCCUCCCUGCAGGAGGAGAGGGAGAGUGAGGAGUCGGAUGAGCCUAUAUAAAGCAGGUUUGAUAGAAAAGACUUCUACCUUCUUUUGAUUUCACUCCUUUUCCUCCAGAGACUGAGCUGCGUCUGGACGGAGGAGUCUGGCUCACCUGCCGCCCCACAGAUGCUCUGGGGGCAGGGUGAGCUGGAGGACACAAAACUUCUGAAACUUGUAGGACUGGGUUUAUUUUCUACUCUUACAACAAUCUCACUUUUUCACUCUCAGAAUCUCAGGUGUGUUCCUGUGUCUUUUUGAACUUCAGACGGACAAACACAUCUCUACUGUCCAAUGUUUCUCCAAACUAUGGAACUGUUCAAUGUAGCAGCACGUCAUAUAUCAAUGUCUGUAUAUCUAAUUCUGUACCUUUGAUGAGGAACUAACUGACAGCAAUGAAAUGUAUGAUAUCUAAACAAUUUACUGAUAAAGACUUAAUGAAUUUGACUAGGAGGUCAAAGAGAUCAAGCAUUUUAAGUUUACUGAUUGAAGUUAAUUUAAAAUCAUAAUUUAC